AGCAAAACAGAAUUUUCAACCAGCAAAAACUCCAGUUUGAAGGGAAAAGUAUAAUUUCCAUAAAAAAAAAAAAAAAAAUCAUACCUUCUUUAUAGUAGAUGAAUCAGUUGCCUCAUCAUCAAAUAAUAGAUGAAAAAUCAUAUUUCUGGAAAAGUUUAAUUGGAAAAAAUUGCCAAUUAUAAAGAAAAGCAAAAAUGAAAGUAAAUGGGACAGAUAGUCACUUUCCUAAUUUUAUACGGUCAAAAAUCAACCAACAAACCACUAAAGUCACUUUCCUAAAUAGGACAAAAUUCACUUUCCUAAGUUCUCUCUGAGUCCUGAAACUUCCACUGUGACCAUCGAAUUCAAGAACAGCUGAGCUAGCCACGACCAAGUCGGAGUUCCUCUGCUCCCUAUUCAGCAUAAAUCCUUCUUCAAAGCAAAAAUCAUAACCACAGAGCAACAAACUAUAAGAUGAUGAUGUUGAAGCCAUUGAAGAGUGAUUCAGAUAUGAAAUCAACGAGCUCAAACUAUCUUCACCGAUUCGAUUCCAUCAGUAUCGAUCUCCAUGGAAAAUGAAAAAAUUCCACUUCCCAGACCAACCACAUACAACAUACAGAAUCAGAAACGGCGCAAAACAAACUCAGUUAUCAAAGAUAAUGUUGAACCCUCCAAAAACAGAAACUAUGCUGUCGAAAAUGAAGAAAGACUUCAUCCUUUGUCUGAUAUAACAAAUGACAUGAGAACACGUCAUCUUCUUCCUGAUUUAAACACAUUUCCUAUAUUGCAAGGUAUGCACGAUGAAAACAUAUUGCCUGAUUUAACUGACACUCCAACUGAAAAAGAUGUGCAAACACAUAAUUCUCUACCUGAUUUAAAUGACACACCACUACUGGAAGAGAUUGAGGCUGCAAUAAGCAACACAGUUAUACAAGGGCAGCUGCAAACUAACAUAGAAGAUGACGAUGAAGAGGAGUAUCCAGAUGUGGAUGUUGAAUGUGGCGACAUUUGCACUGAAGAUUACUGGGAUAUAGGAGAUGCUACAUAUGAAUGCGAAAAGUGUGGAGCUAUAUUUUGGUAUGAAGAAAGAAUCCACAAGCAUUACAACUCAAAAAACCCAAUUUUCACAAUGUGCUGUCAAAAAGGAAAAAUAAAACUUCCAGAUCUUAAGAAGCCUCCUCAAGUUUUGGAACAACUACUAUUUGGAACAGGUCAUAAAAGUAAUCAUUUUCAAGAAAAAAUAAGGAGUUAUAACUCUAUGUUCUCAUUUACAUCAAUGGGGGGAAAGGUUGAUGUCUCUGUCAAUCAGACACAAGGGCCAAGAACAUUCAAAUUAUUUGGACAAAAUUAUCAUCAAAUUGGGAGCUUACUACCUCCUGAAGGAUCUACUCCAAAGUUUGCACAGUUAUAUAUCUAUGAUACAGAAAAUGAAGUUGCAAAUAGAAUUAACGCUGUCAGUCGGGGCCAAGAUGUUAAUAAACUUCAUGCUGAAAUUGUCGCUGAUCUAAAACAAAUGCUCGAUGACAAUAAUGUUUUGGCCAAGACUUUUAGAAUGGUCCGAGAUAGAUUCCAAGAAAAUAUCAACUCAAAUGUGAAGCUCAGACUAAUAGGGAAAAGAGGUACCGAUGGUAGAAGAUACAACUUACCAACAAUAACAGAAGUAGCUGCUUUAGUGGUAGGUGACUUUGAAGUUUCUGGAUGUGAUCGUGACAUCAUUAUAGAAACACAAUCUGGGCAGCUACAAAGGAUAAAUGAACUAAAUGCUGCAUAUUUAGGUCUACAAUACCCUUUACUUUUUCCUUACGGUGAAGACGGGUAUAGAGAGGACAUUCCUUUAAGUGGAGGUGAUAAAUCAUCGGGAGGAAGGCAAUAUGUUAGCAUGCGAGAAUAUUUUGUCUAUAGAAUUCAAGAAAGAAAAGACGAAGUUCCUACCAUUGUGUCCUCAAGAAGACUAUUUCAACAGUUUUUAGUUGAUGGCUAUACAAUGAUUGAGUCUUCUCGGUUGAAAUUUAUCAGGACUCAUCAAAAGCAAUUAAGAGUUGAUUUUUAUAAGGUCCUAACAGAUGCUAUUUUACAUGGAGACACUGAUCCUUCAUCCCAAGGAAAAAGAGUAAUUCUACCAUCAAGCUUUACAGGGGGUGCACGAUAUAUGUUGCAGAAUUAUCAAGAUGCUAUGGCUAUAUGCAAAUGGGCUGGGUACCCUGAUCUUUUUAUCACAUUUACUUGCAAUCCUAAGUGGCCAGAGAUUACUAGAUUCGUAGAGAGCAGAGGGUUGACUCCAGAAGAUCGUCCAGAUAUCUUAAGCAGGGUGUUCAAAAUCAAAUUGGACGGCUUAAUAAAGGAUUUGAAAGACAAUCAAGUUUUUGGACAAGUAAAAGCAGUGAUUUAUACCAUUGAGUUCCAAAAACGAGGGUUGCCUCAUGCUCAUAUCUUGCUUUUUCUUCAUGAGCAUAAUAAAUUUCCAUGCGCCUCAGAUAUUGAUCGAAUAAUUUCAGCAGAAAUACCACAUGAAGGGGAUGAUCCUUAUUAUUAUAAUGUCGUGAAAAAUUUGAUGAUGCAUGGCCCAUGUGGUUCUGCUAGGAAGUCUUCUCCUUGCAUGCAGAAUGGUAAAUGUACGAAACACUUUCCUAAAAAAUUUGUUGACGCAACAACAGUUGACGAAGAAGGAUAUCCUGUUUAUAGAAGAAGGGAUAAUGGUAGAACAAUUAUGAAAAAUGGAAUUGAAUUGGAUAACAGGUAUGUGGUGCCACACAAUCGCUUCUUAUUAUUAAAAUAUGGUGCUCAUAUCAAUGUGGAAUGGUGCAACCAAUCACGAUCAAUAAAAUACUUAUUUAAGUAUGUCAAUAAAGGGCAUGAUCGUGCAACUGCUGCUUUUUCACAAAGUACUCAUGAGGAUGGUUCAUCAACUGUUGAUGAAAUCAAUAUGUAUUAUGAUUGUCGCUACAUAUCACCAUGUGAAGCCGCAUGGAGAAUAUUAAAAUUUCCAAUUCACCAUAGAGAGCCGCCAGUGGAAAGACUAUCAUUCCAUCUUCCAAAUGAACAGCCCGUCAUUUUCUCUGAUGAUGAUCACAUUGAGAAUGUAGUAAAUAGACCAACUGUAAGGGAAUCGAUGUUUUUGAGUUGGUUUGAGGCAAACAAAGAAUAUCCGGAAGCAAGAGAUUUGACUUAUGCAGAAUUCCCUCUUAAAUUUAGGUGGGAUCAAAAUUUAAAAAAAUGGGUCAGGAGAAAAACAUCUGCAUUUUCUAUUGGGCGGAUUUUCUUUGUUACUCCAGGGAGCGGAGAGUUAUAUUAUCUGAGGUUGUUGUUGAAUAUAAUCAAAGGUCCAAUUUCUUAUGAUGAACUAAGAAAUGACCAUUCCACUUUUAGAGAUGCAUGUUAUGCACUUGGUUUGUUGGAUGACGACAAAGAGUAUGUUGAUGCUAUAAAGGAGGCCAGUAACUGGGGAAUGCCAUCUUAUCUUAGACAAUUAUUUGUCAUGUUGUUGUUAUCAAAUUCAAUGUCACGACCAGAAUUUGUUUGGCAAGCGUCAUGGCGGUUAUUGUCAGACGAUAUCCUUCAUGAAGUAAGAACAUUAUUGGAUAACUCAGAGGCAGAGCUUACAGAUGAUGAAUUGAAAAAUCGCUGCUUGCAAAAGAUGGAGAGGACUUUAAAAGGUUGUGGAAAAAGUUUUAAUGAUUUUCCAACAAUGCCAAGACCAGAUUACAGUGAGCAAGACGUUGAUAGUGCCAACAGACUAAUUAAUGAGGAAUUGCGCUAUAACAAACGCUCUUUGACACAGGAACAUCAACAAUUAGUGAUGAAAUUAACAGCUGAACAGAAGUGUGUGUAUGAUAAAAUCAUGACUGCAGUGAACCAAGACAGAGGGGGGUUGUUCUUUUUAUAUGGUCAUGGUGGAACUGGAAAAACAUUUAUGUGGAGAACAUUGUCUUCUGGCGUACGAUCUAAAGGUGAUAUAGUGAUAAAUGUUGCUUCAAGUGGUAUUGCGUCUCUUUUGUUACCAGGAGGUCGAACUGCUCAUUCGAGAUUUGCGAUUCCUUUAAAUCCAACUGAAGAUUCAACAUGCAAUAUAAAACAAGGUAGUCCUUUGGCAAAGUUGAUUGUUAAGGCGAAGUUGGUCAUCUGGGAUGAGGCACCAAUGAUGCAUAGAUACUGUUUUGAAGCUCUUGAUCGAACUCUUAGAGAUAUUUUAAGAUUUAAAGAUCCAUCAAAUUUAGAUCGACCAUUUGGAGGUAAAACAAUAGUACUUGGAGGUGACUUCAGACAAAUCUUGCCAGUAAUUACAAAAGGUACUAGGCAAGAGAUUGUUAAUGCAACUCUAAAUUCUUCAGAUUUGUGGCCCCAAUGUCAGGUCUUAAAGCUAACAAAGAAUAUGAGAUUGCAAGGAAGUCUAUCAGGUGCAGAUUUGGAUGAUUUAAAACAGUUUUCUGAUUGGAUUUUGGCAAUAGGUGAUGGAAAGAUUGGAUGUUCCAUUGAUGGCAUUGAGAAAAUAGAAAUACCCGAUGAUCUUCUUAUACAUAAUUGUGAUGAUCCGAUAUCUGGAAUUGUAGAAAGUACAUAUUCUGAUUACUUGAUACAUUCCACUGAUAUAAAAUACCUUCAAGAAAGAGCAAUUCUUGCUCCGACUCUUCAGAUGGUGGAAUCGGUGAAUGAUUACAUGGUUUCCCUCAACCAUAGUCAGGAUAAAUCAUAUUUAAGUUCGGAUACAAUUUGCAUGUCUGAUAAUGCAUUUACAUCUUUGGAGCAUGUACAUACACCUGAAUUCCUAAAUAGUAUUAAAUGUUCAGGUAUUCCAAAUCACUCCAUCACUUUGAAGGUAGGUGUUCCUGUCAUGUUGUUAAGAAAUAUAGAUCAAUCGGCAGGAUUGUGUAAUGGCACAAGAUUGAUAAUCACAAGACUUGGAAAUCGGGUAAUUGAAGCCAAAGUAUUAUCAGGAAAAAUGGCUGGAGACAAAGUUUUUAUCCCAAGAAUGACACUUACUCCAUCCGAUGCAAGAAUUCCUUUUAAGUUCCAAAGAAGGCAAUUUCCAGUCAUUGUAUCUUUUGCCAUGACCAUCAAUAAAAGCCAAGGUCAAUCAUUGUGUAAUGUGGGAUUAUUUUUGAAGAAGCCGGUGUUUACACAUGGACAACUGUAUGUUGCAUUUUCUCGAGUAACAAAUAGAAAAGGGUUGAAGAUCUUAUGUUAUGAUGAAGAUGGAAAAAUAACAAAUGAAGCUACAAAUGUAGUGUAUAAAGAAGUUUUCCGUAAUUUAGAGGGCAGAAAUUUUCAUUGAAUAAGUGUCAACUGAGCAGCAACAAGAAGUUCAAUGUACAUAUGCAAAAUAUAGUUGUGCAUCCUGAAGACAAACAUAAAGUUGAUUGAGUCAACCACUUCAUUUAAAUUGUAUAGUUGCGGAAAGAUGGAUUAGCAAACAUCACUUCACUUUUCUGUGAUUGUUGCUAGAGUUGACAUGUUCAGAGAAUUCAUCAACAUGGAUAAAGUAUCAACAAAAACGGCUGGUGAAGUUAUCGGACCUGGUCCGCGUUCUGUCAAGAUAGUAAUUGUCUUGGUUAUAUUGUUGAAUAUGGUGGAUUAUCCGAGAAAUUCUUGACAGAAAUAGCCAAAGCAGCCUUCUUAUUAGAGUGUGCUUAUGUAGUUAUCCGAUUAUCCAUCUCAUUUUUUGCUCUCUCGAAAGUGACUAGGGUUCUUUGUAAUCGGUUCUAUUUAGGAAGGUCCCAUAUAGAGAAGGUGAAUCCAUUGCUGUGAUUGCUGAUGGUGAAGAUGCCAAUGGGGAAGCCUAACAAGCACAGAUUGUGAUCCAUACCAUGCUAACAGUGCCCUUGGUGACUUCGCUAACUCCAAAAUCGUGACUUGAAGCCUGGAGCAGAGUUCAAGAUUACUAGAGCUGUUGAUAAAGAAA